UGUCCGUUGGAGAGUGGAAGUGGAAAGGAAGAUGACUUCUUUUUAAAGGAGAGCUUGUCUCUGGUUUUGAGGUUUGGCUAGUCGGUAUCAAAUCAGAGUGUCGGCGUUAACUUGGGGCUUGGGGGAUAAAUAUGGGAACGAGGGUUCUUUCUGACCCAAUCUUAGUUCUUAAUUCUGGAGUUAUGUUCUCCUCCAAGCUGGUGGCCGAUACCGUUCGCGAUUCGUCUCUUCAAGAUCAGGUUUCUUUUCCCGCAAUUGAUUUGGCUGUGUGUCUCGCCAUGGAAGAUUGGUUCCUUGUCUGAUCUUUUUGCUCCUGUUUCGACUGGUUUUGGCACUGAAUACGGGUGUGUAGAAUUAGGGUUUGGUUUUGAUCUCUUCUCGUAGUUCUGGAAUUGUUUCUGAUCUUGAUGAAUGAAUUAUACGUUGGUGUCUUGGCUAUCUGUAGUGGGGUUAGAUUAGGGAUUGGAAAACCAGUAGAUGUGUCCUGAGAUUUGGGUCUCUGUCGUUCUUUGUUCAGUACAAAGUUGAAUCUUAGCACUUGCUUGGAUUGGAUGUGAUGGGGUCAUGAUAUGGGUAACUUUGUUUAGAAAUUCUGGGUCGAAUCCAAUUAUAGCGUCUGUUGAAUCUUGCUCUUUUUGGUCGUUUUAUGGGUUGGGUUGGCUAAUGCAGAAUGUGUGUUUGUAUCAUGUCCAAGAAGGUAAAAGACCAGGCGCAUGAGCCAAGAUCCGGGAAGCGUGGUGGCUAUCGUGCGAAGGCCAAGAGGAAUGGCCUUGAUGCGGGAGAAACCGGGUGUGGGGUGAAGAUCGAGCCAGUGCAUCAUCAUCAGUCCCACAACGGCAUGCGCCGAAGGGUAACAGAUCAAGGCGGGGAGGCCCAUUUCGAAAGGUUUGAUCUGCUUAUCCUUCGAUUCACGCGAUGACGCAUUGGUCCGAUCUGACACAACAGCCAAUCCUCUCGGUGACAACCGCCACGGAUGUUUCGGUUGCUCCGUUUUGUACUGUCGGUUCUUCGGCAAAGCUGCGCAAUGGAUGCAAACUAUAUCCUUCUAGCCACAUCUUUGGGAACACAGAGUUGGGGGAUUCUUGCGUCCUUAUGACGCUGGGGAUGAUUCCUUUCUUCACAUCGGUAAUAACAAUGAGAUCAGAGAGUUCUGUUCGAUUCACAGAUCAUCGAAGUCCACCGAUCAAACGAUCUGGUGCCUGGUUAUUGACCGAUAUGAGCAAAAUCUCUGGUCUGUAUGAAGUGUGUUCUUACAAUCUCUUUGUGGAACAGGUCAUUGGUGAGAACAAUCUAAUAAUGGGUUCUUGCCAUAUUGCUCAUGAUUGCAAGAUCGGUGACAACAACAUAUUUGCCAACAAUACUCUUCUUGCAGGCCUUGUGGUCGUAGAGGACUAUACACACACAGCAGGAGCCAUUGUGGUUCACCAGUUUUGUCAUAUUGGUUCUUUGGCUUUCAUCGGCGGUGGUUUUGUGGUUUCACAAGAUGUGCCAAAGUACAUGAUGGUGAAUGGAGAAAGAGCAGAAAUUCGGGGUCUGAAUCUGGGAGGACUUCGGCGCAGUAGAUUCACAAUUUCAGAGAUCAGAAGUCUGAAAAGGGCGUAUCGUAAAAUAUCCAUAUCCAGUGAUGCCGUUUCUUUGGGAACAAGGCAGAGAUCUGUAGAGUCCCCGUGGUGCGGGAAAUGGUGCAGUCAAUCUGGGAUUCGUUCUCUGUAAACCAUCGUGGGAUCUCCAUGUUCAGGCACUGGUCGGGUUCUUGAGUAUAACUGCCUAGUCUUCUCUCUCUUCAGUGUGUGUUCAAUCCCAAACAAUGGCUGAAGCUACCUUUAAUAGAAUUUUUGCUUUGGCACCAAAAAGUACAUAUUGGUUUGAAGAAGGGUGGUCUCUUGCAAAACAUGUUCUCUUUGGGAGCAUCAGAAGAAAGAGGCAACAUAUUAUGGUUUUGGGAGAUUCUUUUUCCAUCAUUUUUUUCUGUUUCUGAAAGAAAAUAGGAUGAAGAAACAAAAAAGUGGACCUGCUCUUACAAAAAAAGUUAGCCAUCUUAAAGCUAGCAAGAUGCCAAGAACACAAAAAAAGUAUUGUGUUUUGGUCGUGUAAGAUUUACAGAUUCUCUCUUUCACAGCCUUCGGAUCUAAGGUUAAA